UGCCUACGCGACAUUUCGACUUUUUCCACAAACGUUCACUUUACGGGUGUCCCGACAAAAUAAAUAAAUGAUUGAAAUUAAGGCGAAACUGCUGCGGGCGGACUCGGCCAUUUACGCUACUGGAGAAAAAGUCGAGUGUCUGAUUGAGUUCACCAACAAAGUCUUCUGCGACGAGCAAACCGCGUCUCAGGCCCGCGAUGCCAACGAAGCAAACAGCCGGGAAAACCUGGCAUGGGCCUCGGCACAGCUGCACUGCUACCGGAAAACCAGCUACUCCACUUCCGCUUCCGAAAGAGCCGCGGAGCUCACGGAGAUGAUCGGCAGGACGGCCUUAGAUGCGGUGACCCAGGCGCCGGGAGAUGUGAUUGUGGCCACUAAGCCCAAGAUCCUCUUCUGCGACCUCCGCUUACUCCCCGGAGAGACCAAGAUGUAUUUUUUUAAUGAAUUCGUUCCACGCGAUGGCCCACCCACAUACAGAGGUCACAACAUCAGGUACUUCUACAAGAUCACCAUUGCUACCCAACGUGUCAAGUCCAAGGUGCAAACUUUGACCGUUCCCAUCCGGGUGUUGCCCAUUCCCAUAAUUUCCCGGCCCGAUGAGCUUCCCGUAACCGUAGAGACUAACGAGGAGCUGGCGCCCACUAAUCCAUUCCUGGAGAAGCGCGAGAUUAGCGAACUGGAGAUAUCUUGGCACCACCUUAAGAACGUAACCGCUCGGCGGGCACCGAAGUUCUAUCGCAUCUCGAACAAGCAUGGCUUUGUUGGUCGCUUUUGUUUGUUUAAGCCUGCCUAUAAACUUGGCGAGGACAUUGUAGGUAGCCUGGACUUUGCUCCUGGCGUAAACCCCCAAAAGGUGCGCUGCGUCCAGUUCUCGGUAAAGCUGCAGCAGCAGGAACUUUCUAUCCGACCGCAGUCAGUGCAUAAUCACCAGCUACAAUCCCAAUCCUCGACGGGCGAUGAUGGCUCCUCGAUUAACUCCUUUGAUAUGGCCAGCAUAGCUAGCGGAGUGGUUGCCGAUAACCUCCAGAAGUCGGCCACAUCGGCGAGCUCAUGGGAUAAGGAGGCGCGUGAGACAACAGGGAAACUUUCGACCAUUUCCACCUCCCACCAAGUGUGCUACGCCAUAAUCCAGACCCAGGUCGUGGUACCUAUUCCGCUGCAUGUAACACCCACAUUCUGCACUGAGCUUGUCGACGUCCGAUGGCGACUGCAUUUUGAGUUUGUGACCACCACUUUGAUGGACUUUGGCAAUCCAAAUCCGGAGUUCGGAGAGCUAAAAGCACCGGCCGAAAUACCCGUGGAAACGAUGGUAUGGAAUCUGCCCGUGACCGUCUACGCUGCGAAUCCUCUCCAGAUUUAUGCUCCAAACCAGACAUUUAACCUGCUUAUAAAAUGAAAGCAAGGCACUGUUGCGAUACAGAAUUCGUUGGCCUAAAUUUAAGUAAUCGCGAAAACUUUUUCUUCUCUUUACGUAACAAAAUAGUAAGAAGUAUGGUUUAAAAAUAUAAGAGAAUUAAUUAAAAUGUUAUUUCAGGCAGUGGCUACUUUACUUUUAACAAAGCUUUUUUUAAAAGUCUUCCUAAUCCAUCCGGAUGGACCCGCGUCUUUUUUAAAUACAAUAAUCGUUUUUAAAUAAAAUCAGCUACCGCUACACAGUUAGUAGAAAUGCGUGAAUACUGUACAGCCGUAUUCUUAGACGUUGGCUUGGCGGCUUAUUGUUAAAAGCUAAAACAGCUUUACCAGAAGGCACACAUAAACGUCUAGGGUCAUACAUCCAUGACAGAAAGUCUGCAAUUAAAAUUGAUGGUGGAGUACGCCAAGGCAGCGUUCUUGGUCCUACUUUGUAACUCAUCUAAAAACCCGACAUCCCUACAAAGGUCCGUUCAUGGUCCCCAAUCGAAGCUACAGUACAACUGGCACUGUACCUCAUAGUCGCUCUCUGACUGGCGAAUUGAAGUAAACGAGUAAAAAUGCAAGCACGUGAAACAGACAAGAUUGCCCACCACUCUUUUAAACAACAUACUACUCCCAAAAGCAGAGGAGGUAACGUACCUAGGUGUACACCUUGACAGAAGACUCACAUGGCGCAGGCACAUUGAAACCAAAAAAAUGCAUCUUAAACUCAAAGCCAACAACUUACACUGGCUCAUCAUCGCUGACUCUCCGCCGACAGGGGUUACUCUAUAAUUCUGUAUUGAAACCCAUCUGGACCUAUGGCUCACAGCUAAGGUGCAACGCCAGCAACAGCAAUAUAGACAUCACACAGCGAGCACAAUCAAAGGUUAGGAAUGAAAAUAUCCAAAGAGACUUAAAUAUUCCACCAGUCAUCAAUGCAGUUACAGAUCUUAAGGAAAACUAGAGAGAACGCUAUAGUCGAUUUCCCCGACUAUCUGAUACCCGUUACUCAGCUAGUGGAAGUGCGAAGGAGAGACUUCAACACAAACAGUUUUUGGCGGUUUGUGGGGGUUAGAGUGGGCGUGGCAAAAAGUUUUUAUUAACAAUUCGAUUUGCAAAGUUUGCAUAAUAAAUAAAAAAAUGAAAAAAUAU